UUGAGACUUUGGUGGGUAGGUGGGUUCAGAAAGAGGGGACUACGGGUCGGCGUUGGGCUCAGUGUGCUCGAAACAAAGGACUACAAGGUUGGGACUCGGCGCGACGCCUUCGGGCGGGUCGCCGAGCAGCCGAUCGCGACUUCUUGGCCAAUUGGUUUCCUCUCCGCGCUGUCUGAGUCGGCUUUUCCUGGGUCCUCCGCAGCCCGCGUCGCGGUGGGGGGCCCGGCGCAGCGGCACCUGCUGCUGAGGGACCCCGCGGCCCGCCCAGCUGCUCAUGAUGGGGCUGAUCUUCGCUAAACUGUGGAGCCUCUUCUGUAACCAAGAACACAAAGUGAUUAUAGUGGGACUGGAUAAUGCAGGGAAAACCACCAUUCUGUAUCAAUUCUUAAUGAAUGAAGUGGUUCAUACAUCUCCAACCAUAGGAAGCAAUGUUGAAGAAAUAGUUGUCAAGAACACUCACUUUCUUAUGUGGGAUAUUGGUGGUCAAGAGUCACUGCGGUCAUCCUGGAACACGUAUUACUCAAACACAGAGUUCAUCAUUCUUGUUGUUGAUAGUAUUGACAGGGAACGACUAGCUAUUACAAAAGAAGAAUUAUACAGAAUGUUGGCUCACGAGGAUUUACAGAAGGCUGCAGUCCUUAUCUUUGCAAAUAAACAGGACAUGAAAGGGUGUAUGACAGCAGCUGAAAUCUCGAAAUACCUCACCCUUAGUUCAAUUAAAGAUCAUCCAUGGCACAUUCAGUCCUGCUGUGCUUUAACAGGAGAAGGAUUAUGCCAAGGUCUAGAGUGGAUGACCUCCAGAAUUGGUGUGAGAUAACUUUUUGCUCGAAAGAGACUGCUCUAUUUAUUCUGUGACAUGAACAUUUUUUCCUAGUACCUUUGGCUGCUAAGGCAGCAGCAUGUUUAAUUUAUAACAACACAAACCUCUAUGAGCAACACUUGAAUCAAGUGCAGCUGAACUGGAACAUGAAAGAUUUUUUUCUUAACUUUUUUUUAAUGCACUAAUCUUCAGUUGGAUUAACACUAUUGUAUAACUAUGUUUUCAGCAACAAUUUUUCUGACUGCUUAUUCUAAUUAAUCAACGACUGCCUUGUAAGAAAUGUUUGUCAUAUGUUUAAUGUUUUCCGAAGUAUUGUAAUAACUUUAAUGACCAAAUCCUUUCAUUUCUUUACUGCCCCUACCCACACCAGAUAAUUCGUGGUUUGACGAAGCAGUAGUUGAAGUCAUUGGGUACUGCUUGCAAACUUAACCAGCACUCAAUAUUUGCUUCCUCUAUAAACCACUUAUUCUUUUGGACAGAACUUAUUAUAGAGAAAAAAAAUCUGCCUAGAAAAUAUAUGUAAGAAAGAUUAAACAUCAUGAGAACUGCCUUUAAAUGAGUUAACUUCCCCUACAUUAUUGCAAGUCAUGGAAUAAUUUUAAGUUUCUGUUAGCAUGGAAAUUAAAUAGGCUAUUUAUCUAAAAGAAUUAAGUCUACAUUUCUGCCUAUAACAUGGAAUUAGUUUUGGUUAAAAGCUACUUAAGGUAAAAUAUUUAUUUGAAAGCCCUACUUUGAUAAUAAACAUUUUGGAUAAACCUGGUAGUUUAAGAAUGUCACAUUGUUCAAUGAAUAAAUAUUGGAAGUUAUGAAAGCAUACCAGCACUGAUAUUAAAACCAGACACUUGGAAUAUAUUUUACUAUCAAUUACAAGAAACUAUUAUCAGCAUAAAGUUCACCUAUCCAUUUGCAAGGAAUAUCCCAUCUGCUUUGGGCAAUAGCUAAAGCACAGUAUAAAGAGUUUAUUUUAUUUCUUAAAAUUUUAAAUUGUGUCUAUAAUAGUAUUAUUACCACCAGCAGUAUAUUACUUUAAAAACAGAAAACCAUGUGGUUUUCCUUAACCCUAUUUGAGGUUGUAGUGUAAUAAGCUUGAAACAAUUGCCAUCUUUAUUGUUGUGCCUCGUGUUCUAACAUUUCUUGCUGGAGUAUAGGAAACUGCUGAAUUGAAUUCUAGCUUUUAGAAUAAUACUGUGAGACAAAGUUAGUACACUAACAACUUAAAAAAUAGGAAAAAAGUCAUAAUCUGUCAAAAGUUUGUUUAUUGGCUAGCAUUAAAAAGUUUUCAAGGCAGUUAUCUACUAUGAACAAUAAUCUAAGUAGUGCAUACCUUAAGAAGGAGGACAGGUAUUUAAUCUUUUUAUCCUAAGUGUACGAUUUUACUAUAAUGAAAGGGAUAAAAUACAUACUUAGGGAAUAACACUUCAUCUUGGCAGUAUUUUUUUCCCCCCAUUUGGGUCAAAAAUGGGAUUCAGUAUUCAUUAGAGUAUCAGAAUACCUGUUCAAAAGUGGUAUUUUAAUUCUAAUUUUUUUUUAUUAUAAGUUGGUUUUUAAAUUCUGUUUUCAGGUACACUUGAUUUAUUCUACUUAGUCUAAUUAAUUUAGUUGAAUAUGGUAACACUUUUCUGAUUUCUAUUUAGUGGUAGCACACCCUAGAAAUGAAAAAUGUCCAUAUGAAAGUAUUUUGGACCUUAGGAACUAGUUGUUUAUUAACCUUGUUUUGAACCUUUUCCUUAGUGAUUCUGUACCAGGUAGAAGAUAAAUUUUAUGUUUAAUGUAAUUCAUAAUCAAGAACCUGAGAGAAAAACAGACAAAUCAAUGUGGAUGCCUUGUGGUGUAUAUGUUGCAGUGAGACUAAGAGGAAUUAUGAAAAAAUACUACUUACCCAAAGCACACUUUACCAGAUCUUUUCUCUCAGCUAUAUAGUUUAGCUAUAAAUACUGAGAAUAGUUCUAACUCUGUCCUGAGGAAAAAUAUAUUAAUACUCGUGUAUAUGUUUUUACUUUGAAAUUUGUUGUCUUGUCUCUAAUAAGAUGGGCUGGCUCAAUUUUCUCUUAUCAAAUUAUAUGGUUAUUUUUUUACAUUACCACAUCAGCAUUAUUGAAAGUGAACAAGUAGUAUAGAAUCAAGUUGGCUAUUUAAUUUUUUAAAUGCAAUUUAUUUUAUUUUUUAAAACCUUUUUUGAAAAACAUUUAGGUCUGGAUUAGAAGUAAUUUGUUAGCCAUGUGUUGGCAAUGAGAUCGGCAUUUAACUAGAUUUUGUGCUGGUUGGGAAGUUCGAUUAAUUCAUGUGAGAUUUUUUAAAAGUAUUUUAUAGGUUCUCGGUAGGUAUUUCCUGUUACAGUAAUAUGAAAACUGAUUACCCUUUACUCCAAGAGAAUAUUUUGACCCAAGCAUGUAUUUAAUGAUAACGCAUUGAGUCUCACAUGCAUUGUAACUCAACCACUUAUCUUGUCUGAUGAAAAUGUAAAUUGUGAUUAGUGCCUUUAUUCAUAUUUUGAUAUGAGUUCUCAAUUUUGUAUUAUACCUUUUCUUUAGAAGUCAAAUUAGCAGCUAAUUAUCAAUGAUAUAAUAUAGGUUUUGCCCUACCCAUCAACCCUCAACUGCAUAGCAAAGUUUCUAGUAAGUAGUGGAAAGCAAGAGAUCCACCCACAUUAGUUUAGAGAGAUUAUUCUACAUUUUGUUUUUAAUUUGAGUAUAAGGAAACUAAAAUUUACCUUUUAAAUAUGUUUCAACUAAAAUGUAAUUGCUGUGUGUUUAAGCUCAAAAUUGGCACUUUUCUUAAUUUUAAAAAAGUUGCGUUCAUAUUUAAACCCAUCUUUAUAGAGCCCAUUUGAGAACUCUUUUAGAAUUAACAGGCCCUUUUAUAUGGGGAUAUACUGCACAUUUUGUAUAGUGUAACUUAAUUUCUUAAAAUCUGAAAUAAUAUAUAUCUAUAUUCUAUUGAAAAAUUGAUUAAAUAAAUAAUUUUUGCUUUUAGGUCCUGUGUUAGAAUGCUUAAAGGUAUAAUUUUAUUAUAUUUUCAUUGGAAGAAAAUAAAUUCAAGUUUUAUUGUUAGUUUGUGCACCACCUCUAUACCCAUAGUCAUUUUGAUUAAGCAUAAGUUAAUUUUCAUUAUCUAUAACAUAAAGAGGAAAUAUAUAUAUAUUUUUUCCUAUGGAAACAGUGACUAAUAUAGGCAGCAAUGUAAACAAUAUUCUCUGAGGUAUUUGAGGGAAACACAAAGCAAAGAAAAUUGCAAAGAAAAUAAAAUAUUAAACAAUUUUUGGUGUAGUAUCUUAGGAUAAAUUAGAAAUGGAAUUGUUUCUGAUUACCACUCAUGUAAUUCUUAACUAUGUAAAACCAUAUCAGUUGAAAAAACAUGCUGUUAUGCCUGUAGAUGAAUAUAUUCCAUGGACAUUUAUGUUUGAAGACUAACUCCAUGAGUUGUAACUUUUCAUCUAUGGCUUUGCAUCCAAAACAUUUCACAUCCACUUCAAUUCUAAAGGAUCCUUUAUAUUUUGUCAGAGUAAAGUCAUUUCAAGAUACAGCAUAGCAUAGAAAAGGGAAAAAGAAAAACAAAAAGAUACAGCAUGGUUACUUGUUUCUGGUAGAAUAUUUUUCUGGCUAUCUAAAAAAGUGGAUUUGAGACGAUUUGACCAUUACUUUUCUAGUUGAUUUUAGACAAUUACUGUUCAUGGCCUUUCUGUUGAUUUUCAUUCUGAGGAACUUAAGCUAGGAUUCCACCAUAACUUUUAGCUUUAAAAUCUUCACUCUUCACAUGCUAUAUUAAAAUUGAAAAACAAAAAGACAUGUAAUGUGAAAUUAAAUUCGUUUUCUGUAUUAUUUGAUUCCCACCUCUUUAUCAUUUCAUUUAGUAUAUUAAUACAAUCAAAUAAGAAAACAAUGUUAUCAACUAGUAACUGCUACUCAGUUUAAGUUGAGCUACUAGCUAAUGACAAUGCAAAAGAAAAAAUAAGCCAUAUUUCUAAGAGCAUGAUAGUAAGCCGCUUAUAAAACACCAGAGAAUACCUUGCUUAUUUUCUCAGCUUUCACUGACUCGAAGGGAUUAAUUUGUUCAGAGUUUAUUGGCUUUAUGCCAUCUGAAACCGUAGUUCUGUGGGACUUUCUGGCAUUGAAAGCAUAGUGCAGCCAGAACGUCAGUUAUUUCACAAACAUCUAUAUAAAUCUGAGAGUGGCUUGUAUUUAAAGUUAGUUUUUUGUUUCAUUUUAUUUUCUUUUUUUUUCCCUUGGUAAUGUCUUAUUAUUAUUCAUUUACUAUUACUGUGAAAACUGAAAUCCAAAAGUCAGGUUCCCAAGAAGUAUUUUCUAAGAGUUCCAGGUGUCCAAACCGAGAUAGAGAAGGCCAAUAAAAAAAGAUAAUUUCAGCUACUUUAUUUUAUAUUUAAGGUGGAAAUAUUAUUGUGGUCAGAAGGCCUAAAAUCAGCUUUAAAUGUAUAUAGUUUGGUAAAAUGUUUGGGAAAUGUUAAUUUAGAGAGGUAUAGAUGCUUACCUAGAAUCAAAAGUCAAAACCCUUUGAUAGUAAAAAUAAACAUGGGUAGAAAAAUCUUCAAAAGUACAUUAAGUCAUAGGAAAUUUGAAUGACAAUAGUAAAUUCCCCUCCUUUUAGGUCCUUAAAAUUAGGCACUAGAAAGCACAGUCUUGCUGUAGUACUUAGGAUGUGACCAAAGGAUUGAAGACUAGUCAGGUUUUAAGCGUUUGGGAGUAUAGUCACAUAGCGGCCUCUUUUGCAUUUUUAAAAAUGAGUAAUCUACCUUUUCUCUCAGAAGUAGAGAAAUAAUAAAGUGUACCAUGCAUACCUUUAGAAAACAGAGUUCUAGAAGAAAUGUUCUCUUGCACAAACUGUACAAUUUUAAUUUAAAAAUUACCUCAUUUUUCAAUCCAUAAGGUGCUUUGCUCAAGUUUGUGGGAUGUUACAGUAUCCUAUAAAUACCCCUUCAUUCAAACUCUAUUUGAAAUAUGCAAGAUUCACAACUAAGGGAUAGUAUUCCUUGGAGACUUUGUUUCAUUCUUGUUAACCACCAGCAGGGCUAGCCUGGUGUAGCAGGUCCGAAUAUUGUCUUCAUUAAAGUAAAAGGGCAGGUGCUCAGUCAAUAUUCGGUUAGUUUAGUUAAUAUCAAAUAAGGGAAAGGAAAACCCUAAAAUCUGAUUGAUUAUAUUAUACUGUGAAUAUAUUUCCAUCAGUGUUGGUAAGAGAUCAAAUGACUAUCAGUUCAUCUUGGUUACAUAUAAUUUCUGUACUAAUAGAAAUAUUAGGGAUAUUUUGUCCCUAUCCAUACGAGACUUUAAUCCUAUCUUCGAACAUUAUCUAUCCCUUAGGACAUUCAGGGACUCUACAGACUAUUUUGUUCUCUUGGAGUAAACUGUUCAGUGUAGUUACAAAAUAUUUAACUUUGAUUUUUUUUAAAAGUUUAGCUACUAUUUCAUUAAGAGUGUGAAAUAAAAUGGUUAUAUUUUUCCAAUUAUGUAAUAGUUAAAAAUUUUACCCUUUUCACCUAUUGCACAGAACAUGGUUUAAAAAGAAAAAAAAAAUAAAAAGCAGCCUUGCUCUUGCACUUAUUCUAAUCAGAAUAUAAUGAAUAUAAUCAUGUUGCCGUCUUAAAAUAAAUUGGUGCUUUAGAGCAUUAAAGAGGAAACAGCAGGCCCUGUGUGAUACACUUCUUCAGAACGUAAAACUACCUUAAAAUGUCUGUAUUUAUAUUUAUGUUCAGAUUUUAAGGUUUAAUUCAAACUGUUGUUAUUCUUUAAGCCUCAGGCUUUCUGCAAAAGCUGUAACGAUAUUUUAGCUAAUAAGGUUGGUCAAGUAGGAGAUGGUGUAAAUAAGACCAAAAUUAUGAAUGGGAUCUCUGUCGGUACCUUGGUUUUACAGAGAGGGGAAAAUGUUUUUCACGCCACAAACUAUGCUUCUUAACCUCAACCAAGCAACUGAAAUGUGUGCUAUCGGUCAGUUAUAUAAGCAUUAUUUUUUUUUUAAAGGAAACAAAUUACUUAAUACAUUUACAUCAUCACUUGAAAAUGGUUCAAAGCAUGUUCUUCUAAUGU